AAUGGCAUGAGAGAAAAAGAGAAGCAGAAAGAAGCAGUGAAACAUAAGUCAAAACAAACACAUAACCUCAACGCACGUGUCAUCAAUUUUAAUUUAUAACAAGUAAUAUAUUUAUAAAAUCCCUAAGAUGGAUUUUAUAAUAGAUACAGUAGGAGACAAUGACCUGAACUUGAAAACGGAAUUGGAUAACAAAGACACGUUUUUCACAGAAAAUGAAAAUAGAACUCAAGCCAUUUUAGAAUUAUUCGAAAAGAAAAAGAAAGAAUUGGAUAAGAAAUCUGAGGCUGAAGAAGAGAUCCAAAAUAAACUAAAGGGUUUGAAAAUAGACACUUCGUUCAAUACAUUUUUUGAUGACAUGAAAUGGGGUUACUCUGUUGCUGUUAAGAAACGUAAAGAAAGAAAGUUUCGUUUUGAACAGUUGGAUGUUGAUACAGGAACACUUAAAUCUAAACUCGGUUCUGUGGAUGUAGAAAAAGAAAUGAGGAAGUCCAUCUUGAAGCCAGGAAUUGAAAAAGAGCAUAGUUUGCCUGGAUACAAUGUCAGUGAUAAAAAAUUAAAAGCAUUACGAAAGAAGGAGAGAGAAAAAACCAAGGGCCCUGGUUGGUUUAACCUGCCUGCUCCUGAAAUAACAGAAGAACUCAAGAACGACCUGCAGAUCCUCAAGAUGAGAUCAGCCUUGGACCCCAAACAUUUCUACAAGAAGAAUGAUAUGGAAGUCCUACCAAAAUAUUUCCAAGUUGGAAAAGUUAUGGAUUCACCACUAGAUCAUGUCAACGAGAGGUUGACAAGGAAGGAAAGGAAAAGAACCAUGGUCGAUGAACUUCUAGCAGAUGCAGAGUUCCAGAAGUACAACAAGAAGAAAUACAAAGAGAUUGUUGAUGAUAAGAGAAAGAGGGAGUAUAGGACCUUCAUGAAGGAUAAGAGGCAGAAAAACAAGGCGGAGCUCAAGAAAAGUAAACUUAAUAUUAAGAAAGCUAAGAGUUAGCAAAUAAAUGUUUAUUAAUUAAAA